GCAUCUAUAAUUUUUCAAAAUAUUUAGUGAAGCGAUGCGCGCGACAUCACCAACACUAACACCAAAAUCGAAAAGUCGCGAUGUUUUGGUUGCGACAUCUCCAACCCACUGAAUAACUCUACUCAAUCAUAACAGUACCCAAUAAAGUCAACUAAUAGGCCCGAAUAGGAAGGAGUUAUAUAACUUGUUGGAAAUUAAACUGCAUCUGUAGCCAAUCACCCCCUCCCUUACUAUUGCAAACAAUUAGUACCCAAGAUGGCCCUGAAUCAGAAAACUCCGUCGCAGCAUAACUCCACAUUGUUUAUAUCGCCCGAUAUAAAUCAUCAUCGACAACACCUUUUCAUAACUCCACCAAAUCCUACCAAUACUAAUUCAUUGUUUGAAUCUCCAGCAUCUCGACGUUCUCUGUUGUUUGGUCAUCAUCAUGAAGGAUCUACAUCCAAUGAACCUCCACAACUUCAUAAUCAUAAUGGUAUAAGUCGAAUGCCUGAACUGGAACAAAUAACAGCUGCAGAAAAGCUUCGAUUAUGGAGACAUGAUGCAUUAAAUCAACAUCAUUAUAAAACAGCAGAAUUCAUAGGUAAUAAAGUAUUGGCAUUGACUGAUGAUCCAAAUGAUGCCUUUUGGUUAGGUCAAGUAUAUUUUAAUAGUGGGAAUUAUCUUCGAGCUAAACUGUUAUUAACAUCAAAACCAGAAUUUGAAAAAUCCGUUAGUUGUAGAUAUUUAGCAGCAUAUUGUUUAAUUAAACUUGAAAUGUGGGAUGAUGCCUUAGACUUGGUAGGUGAAACAAAUCCAUUUAAAAAGGAAGAUGCAGGUCAAUAUGAUCUUAAAAAUAGUGAUGGAGGUGUUAAAUUAGAAGCAUCAUUAUGUUAUCUUAGAGGAUUAAUUUAUGCUAAUCAAAAUAAUUUUGAUAAAGCUAAAGAAUGUUAUAAAGAAGCUGUAUUAGUAGAUGUAAAAUGUUAUGAAGCAUUUAAUGAAUUAAUUGAUAAUAAUCUCAUGACACCUCAAGAAGAAUGGGAAUUUAUUAAUAUGUUAAAUUUCCGAGAUCUUGAAGAUAAUGAUGAAUUAAUUAAAUUAUUAUAUACAACAAAAUUAAGCAAAUACUUGAAUGUAUCUAAAUUUGAUGAAUCAGAACAAAUUUUACGAGAAGAAUAUGAUUUAGGUGAUAAUGGUGAUAUUCUUUUAAGUCGAUCUGAUUAUUUAUUUAUUCAAUGUAAUUUUGAUGAUUGCUUACUUCUUUGUGAGAGAAUAUUAUUACAAGAUGAAUAUAAUUUUAAUGCUAUGCCUAAUUAUUUAAGUUGUUUACAUGAAUUAGGUGGUAGAAAUAAAUUAUUUUUAAAGGCUCAUCAAUUAGCAGAAAAUCAUCCAACUAAUCCCAUGACAUGGUUAGCAAUUGGAACUUAUUAUUUAUCCAUAAAUAAAAUUAUAGAAGCUCGUAAAUUCUUUAGUAAAGCAACCUUAUUAAAUCCUAAUUUUGGUCAUGCAUGGAUUGGAUUUGCUCAUACUUUUGCAGCUGAAGGUGAACAUGAACAAGCUAUUAGUGCGUAUGCAUAUGCUGCUAGAUUAUUUCCUGGAACUCAUCUACCUAAUUUAUUCUUAGGAAUGCAACAUUUACAAAUGAAUAAUUUGAAUUUAUCCGAAGAAUAUUUAUUAGCAUCAUAUCAAAUAUGUAAUUCUGAUCCUUUAUUAUUAAAUGAAUUAGGAGUAAUAAGUUUCCAUAAGAAUAAUCUUAUGAAAGCAGAAUUAUUCUUUCAAGAAGCUUUAGGAGCUGCUAAAUAUUUAAAUUCUGAUUCUAAAACUUGGAUUUCUAUUCAUGCAAAUUUAGGGCAUGUUUAUAGACGAGCUAAUGAACCAUAUAAGGCAUUAGAUUGUUUUAAUCAAGUUUUUAAAAUCAAUAAUAAAAAUGAUUCUAAUAUUUUAUCAGCCAUGGCAUUAAUUCAUUUAAAAUUAGGUAAUUAUUUUAAAGCAAUUGAUAUUUUACAUGAUGCAUUAGCUAUAUCUCCAACUGAUCCAGUUGCUUCAGACUUACUUAAACGUGGAUUAGAAGCUAAUCAUAAUAAUUCACAAUACAUUUUAAGUGAUAAAAUAAUUGCCCCUCAUAUACCUACAUCUCGAUACUUAUCUAGAAGUAAUUGGGAUAAAAGGAAGCAAGAAAAAGAUGAGAGGAUUGCCUAUCAACAACAAUUAUCGGAGCAAAGGAAUGGGUCACAAGAUGAUACCAAUAAUGGUAAACUUAUGACACCUUUGACACAAAGAAUAGGAUAUAAAGAUCAAGAAAAUGGAAAUGCCGACAUCGAUAGCGUAGCCAAUGCCAUAAGAAGAGGAGAAGAAUCUAGUGAUGAAGAUGAUUCAGUAAUGGAAAUAGAAAGUGACUAG